AUGCCCGGGAGCCUAGCGGGCCGAGGGGAGCGCCAGCCUGCCUGCGGAGUCAGGAGAGUCCGAAUUCGCAUCCAACACCCGCCAUUCCGGGGCAGUUUAUUGUCUGAAGAUGGUUCCUUUCUCCACGAGGGCACCAGAGAAGGGAAGGGCAUGACCCUGACAACUGGGUCACAGACAGGAGCUGGUGUACUGGGAAAUUUCUUCAUCCUUUGCCACUGUGCUUUUGUUUUCCUAACUGGAAGAAGACUGAGGACCACAGACUCCAUUUUGUUCCACUUGGUUUUGGCCAAUGCCAUAGGGCUUGUUUCGAAGGGAGUCCCUCAAACAAUGGUUAGUUUGGGGCUGAAAAUUUUCUUGGACCGUAUUGGGUGUAGACUUAUUGUUUUCUUCCACCGAGUGGCCCGUAGUCUUUCUGUCACUGUCACUUGCCUUCUGAGUGGUUUUCAGAUUAUUACCAUCAGUCCUUUUACCUGUUCCAUAUGGCAUCACCAACAAGUCCAGCAUAUUCAUAGAUCUAGCCUUCUGUCAAGAAGGUCCCCUGAGACUAGAGCCACUUACACCAUCUUGGUGUUGAUGAGCACCUAUGUCUCCUUCUAUUCAAUCACUUCAUUUUUUUCAUUUUAUCAUGUUCACUUUGAUAAAUAUUCUCAGUGGUUGCUUCCCACGUCAACUCUCUUGGAUUCAUGUUUCCCAGCAAUAAGUCCAUUUGUGCUUAUCAGUUCAUUUGAUUUCUACUCUUACAAGCAGAUAUCUUUAAGGACAUAUCACCACACAAAAUGA